UUUUUCUUCUAUGGAAAAGAAAAGAGAGAGAGAGAGGGGAGGAGAGAUCUUGAAGAUUGAAAGCACAAGCAGUUGCUCAAAACGAGCCUAAACUGUGUGACCCCCCAUUGUUUUUCUUUCCCCCCUGCCCUGUAUCUCAUCAUACAGAGUCUCUCCUUGGCGUUUCUUUUUCGUUUGAUCUGUCCCUGCUUCCUCAACUAAUCCCAUUAAAGCUCCCUCCUUCAUUCAAUACUCCAUCAAUUUAUGACCCUUUCCCAUUUUCUCUGCAGAAUUAGGUGUCACAUGCAUGUGUGUGUGAUCUCUCUUUACUCUUAGAGAGAGAGAGAGAGAGAGAUGCUUGACUGACAUGGGGUUCUUGCGAGAGCGGCUUAUAUUAUACACUGGAUGAUUGAUUUGGAGUUGGAGUUGGAGAAGAGAAGAGGGAGCCUAGCUAGCGUUUUUAAGAGCUUCUCAACGACCUCCCCGUAGCAUUUAAGGCACGCCAUUACGAUUAUAGUACGAGUCUCCUCAUUGUAUGAGUCAGACCGGAGUGAUUCAGAUUCAUAGCGUGUGAGAGGAAGAGAGAGAGAGAGAGGCAUGGUACAUUUCAGGCAACAGUCUGUCCUCCAUUAUUGCUCUGCUUUAUCUCUUCACCUAUAAAUUAUCUUGCUCUCUCUUUGCUCGUUACUCAUUGUACGUACCACACUCCCUCUCUCUGCAUCUUCUUCUCCGUCUCCCGUUUUCUUUUGUUUUGCUUUUCUUGCUUUCCAGACACAUACAAAGUCUAUUGCGCCGUACGUGUAACUAGGGUCUGGAGAUUUUCCCUAGAAAACUUGGGUUUUCCUUCUCCCGGAAGUAGCUAGCAUUUUCCGGGAAGAAGAGUAGGAGAGAGUUUUUGCUACAGGAGGAAGAAAACCAGAGGGGAGGAAGAAAGACGGGAAAUGGACGUAGCGACAGCUCUACUGGUAUUAACGGCAAUAACGGCCUACCUGAUCUGGUUCACGUUCAUCUCACGGUCGCUGAAGGGCCCACGUGUCUGGCCCCUCUUGGGCAGCCUGCCGGGCCUGAUCGAGAACUGCGACCGCAUGCACGACUGGAUCGCCGACAACCUCCUCGCCUGCGGCGGCACGUACCAGACCUGCAUCUGCGCGGUGCCUUUCCUGGCCCGGAAGCAGGGCCUCGUGACCGUCACGUGCGACCCGAAGAACCUCGAGCACAUCCUCAAGGCCCGCUUCGACAACUACCCCAAAGGCCCGACCUGGCAGGCCGUGUUCCACGACCUCCUCGGCGAGGGGAUCUUCAACUCCGACGGCGACACGUGGCUGUUCCAGCGGAAGACCGCCGCGCUGGAGUUCACCACCCGGACGCUGCGCCAGGCCAUGGCUCGGUGGCUCAACCGAGCCAUCAAGCUGCGGUUCUGCUCCAUCCUGAAAGCGGCCGAGCUAAGCGCCGAGCCGGUCGAUCUGCAGGACUUGCUGCUCCGGCUCACGUUCGACAACAUAUGCGGGUUGGCUUUUGGGAAGGAUCCGGGGACCUGCGCGCCCGGGCUCCCCGAGAACGGCUUCGCUGCGGCCUUCGACCGGGCCACGGAAGCCUCGCUCCAGCGGUUCAUAUUGCCUGAGGUACUGUGGAGGUUCAAGAAGUGGCUCCGGCUCGGGAUGGAGGUCAGCUUGAGCCGCAGCCUCGUGAACAUCGAUGAGCACUUGUCCAAAGUGAUCGCGGCGCGUAAGCUCGAGCUGCUGAGCCAGCAGCAGCAGAAGGAUGAGCACCCCCAUGACGACCUGCUCUCGAGGUUCAUGAAGAAAAAGGAGUCCUACUCGGAUACCUUCCUCCAGCACGUAGCGCUGAACUUCAUCCUGGCCGGGCGCGACACGUCGUCGGUGGCGCUGAGCUGGUUCUUCUGGCUGGUCAUCCAAAACCCACCCGUGGAGGACAAAAUCGUCCGCGAAAUAUGCACGGUUCUGGCCGAGUCGCGCGGCUACGACGCGGCAACGUGGGUCGACGAGCCCCUGGGGUUCGAGGAGGUGGACAAGCUGGUGUACCUGAAGGCGGCACUAUCGGAGACACUGCGACUCUACCCCUCGGUCCCCGAGGACUCGAAGCACGUGGUGGAGGACGACGUGUUGCCCGACGGGACCAUCGUGCCGGCCGGAUCAUCGGUCACGUAUUCCAUAUACUCGGCGGGGAGGAUGAGGUCCACGUGGGGGGAGGAUUGCCUGGAGUUCCGGCCCGAGAGGUGGCUGUCGCCGGACGGCCGGAAGUUCAUCGCGCAGGACGCGUUCAAGUUCGUGGCGUUCAACGCAGGGCCCAGGAUUUGCCUGGGGAAGGACUUGGCAUACCUGCAGAUGAAGUCGAUCGCCGCGGCGGUUUUGCUGAGGCACAAGCUGAGGGUGGCUUCAGGGCAUAGGGUGGUGCAGAAGAUGUCGCUGACGCUGUUCAUGAAGUACGGGCUCAAAGUGGACGUGCUCAGGAGGGAGUUGGGGCCAAUUUCGGAGAGCAUUAGGAGAGAGAGAAGCGGGGAAGUGGGCAUGGGAUUGAAUGGCGAGUGUUAACGGCGGUGGCGACAUGGUGGUUGGGUUUUGAUGAAUUUUGAAUUGGGGGAGAUAUUCAUUAAUUGGCUGGUACAGAGAGAGCUUUUGCAACUUGAUCCCCAAGGGAGAAAACCCACCUUUCAAUUUGUUUACUUGAUCUUGAUCUGAUUGAUUUCGCCACCACGAAAAGAAUGGUGUCUGUGUGUUUAAAAGGAUACGAUUGGUUUGGUUUUGGUCUGGGAAGGCUUUGUUUGGCUGCACCCUAGAGAAUGCCUUGAAUUCAUUCUUCUUCUUCUU